AUAAGAAACUUUAAUGUUACGAUAAAUGCAAGUUGUUUAUGUUUGCCGUUGACGACUCACAGAGGCCAUGAUUGAGGGCCGGUCGCGCCGACACCCCCAAACGAAUUGGAACCUGUAAUAAAUUCAUCCACACCACGGAUUACCGUCCAGUGGAUGCUGGCCGGCGGCGAAAUGCUGUAACGUUUCGACGCACAUGGUUAGACCAAUAGACCGCGGAACAAUAAGGAACAGGCACCACCUAAUUAGCUAGGAGACAACUUCGAGCAUCCGGUUACGCGAGCCGCUGUUCACCAGAAGAAGAGUAUUCACUGAUUACAGCGGCUUUCCUGGCUGCCUUCCGACUGACGGCCGUUGUUAACCAGAAAGCGAAGCUGAGGCCAACUGCUGCAUACUGCAACACAAUGGAGAGCUGCAUUAGCCAAGAACACGCCGUUUUUCAGUCAAGCUUACGGCCGUCGCACUGGAAUUCAGCUGUGAAGAGCAUUUCGUCUUCUGACCCUGCAUCGACUGGGGCCACCAACCCUUGCGCAGCCCAGGCUACCCAUUUGGCUUCAGUGUACGCCCUUCCAGGCAAAGCAGCAGCUUUCCCAAAGGCCGACGCGCAUGCACUUAAGUUCCAUGGUGGAUGGGACGUGUGCCAUACAUCCGAAGCGCCGACAAGUGGCACUGCUGAUCAAGAGCAUCAUGCACACCGCUAUACGCAUCAGGACCACAUCGAGCCGGCAUGGCUCCUUAACGAACAGCGCUCAACGAGCUCCCUAUCACCGCAGCUACGAGAGACUGCCAGCGUGCCAGUCUCCGUGCUUAACGGUGGUGACUGCUGCGGGGAGCUUGCAAGCAGCCUGCCAACUCAUGCCGCAGCCUCGGACAAAUAUAUGCAGGACUUGCCUCACGUGGAGGUGCGCAUAGCAAACCCUGCUACGGCGCAGCCUUUCUCCGUGUCAUCCGGUCCCUUUGCAGACGCAAAGCUGCAAUCCACCCUGUCGACUAGUAUUGGAGUUACUCCGGCGCAGCUGCAGGCUGGCGCCCUGGAAACCGGCCUAAGCAGCGACUGCGUGUCGCAGCAGCUUAAGUUUGGGCAUGCAGCAAACGCACCACUGCAGGAUGCGCAGAGCGAGCCGCUCCCACCACCUCGCAGCAAUGCAUCUGGGUCCAACCGUUCACCGGGUUCUGCCACAAACGAAGGCCCGAUAGGGGCAGCACUUGGUAAAACUUCUCAGCCAGGGUUUCCCAGUUCCUGUCUAAAUGAUCAACCGCAGCAGCAGCAGGGCGUACAACAUGGAACGCCUCGCCGUGUGCCCCAGCUGGUCACUUCGCAUUCCGCACCGGAUGCGGGUGCGAUGGCUAGGCAGCAACAGCAGCAGCUGGGCAGUCGGACCUCUUCGCCAAUGGCUGUGGGCGGACUAUCAGUCGACUGCGGUGCUGCGAUGAGCGUGGGAAGCGCGCUGGAGGCUGGAGCAGGCGCCGCCCUUGCAAGGGGUGCUGGUAGCGGCAGCAGCUGCAGCGAGGGGCAGCAGCGGCAGCCGACUGCAGAGGCCCGCCAGUCAGCAACACCAGGGUCUGACGCAAGCGCUUGCCCUGAGCAGCAGCCUCCCGCCACCCAAGCAUCUUCCGCGGCCAUGGCGGUGGACGCUGCUCGCCCAAGCAACCCGAGCAACCACGCCGCACCGCGCACCGGGGGAGACCCAGGCUUAGUUGUUGCCAGUGGUGUGGACGGUGUAGCUCUGUACGAUCAUGCCGCAGCGUACCCCUAUCCGUACGGCGUUCCGCCGCACUACGCGGUGGCGUACGGCAUGCCCUACUCUGACCCGUACUACCCCCUACACGGCUACCCGCCGUACCACCCGAUGAUGGACGUACCUCCGCCGCUGCCGGGCUGCCCGCCGCACUACCCGCACGCGCAAUCCAUGGAUCCACGCAUGCUGCCGUACCCGGGUUACGCAGCCCCGCGCCAGCACAGGCUUUACCGUCGCUUCGCAACUGGUGCCCGUGCUUCGCAUGAAGCCUUGGGUCCUGCGGCGGCUGUGGCUGCGACAACUGCACCUGGUUAUCAGAAUGCAGAGGAGCUCAUGUCCGUGACAUCUGCUGCACCAUCCGGCGGUUUUUUGGCCACAACCGGCGCACCGGUUCAGGGCGGCAUGCGCAUGUCAGGCGUGACGGCGGCAAGCGCAGGAUCAAUGGUAGACACUUCUUUGCGACAGGGGAGCAGUCUUGGCGGGAGCGCGAUGUGCGUUCCUGGCGCUGCCCAGGCGGCUGAGCCUGCUUACCAUGCGGCCACCGGCAGCGGCAUGCAUGGUCAGAUGCUUCCGCUGCCGCAGGGUUCGAGCGCGGUUUCAGUGGCUGCCGAGAUGGAGAGCGUCGAGGCUACUCGCGCAUGCCACCAGCAGUUUGCGGCUGAUGAGGAGCCGCUGUUCCUGACGAGCGCCACGCUGGACGGCAUUCGUCAGGAGCUCCGGGCCGUGACGCAGGAGUUCCUGGAGCGGCGCAUGGCGGAGGCGCGCAGGAGCCGGCAGCAGCCGCAGUCCAAGUCGUACGGCGGCGCCGCUCCCUCGUUCCUGCACAAGCGCGGCCCCUCCACAAGCCCGCACAGCGCAGGAGUUUCGCCGGCUCGCACCCGGCCCGUGCUGGCCGCACCUGGCGGCGGGCUGCCACCGCAGCCGGCCGCUAGGAAACCUUCCGCCGUUUUCAUGGACGAUAGACAGCCAUCCAACCAGCAGCAGCAGCAACAACAGCUGUUACAAGGAGGUGCGUUCGCAGCCCCCAGCAGCGGCCCCGGCGCCAUGCGCCAGCUCUUCCCGGCCCCCUCAGCUGCCUGCUCCCAGCAGCCCGCGCCCUUUGCCUGCGGAGGCCCCGCAGACAGCUACCCCGGCCUAGCUAGCGCCAACCUGCCGCCAGCCGCUUCAGUUGCCGCUGCUGCAGCCUCCGUCCCACUCGGCCCUCGCCCCGCCAUGUCGGGCAGGUCCUCCGCUUCGGCCACACAGAGCGCAUCCGUUGCCCGCACGGGCGCUGUCCGCGGCCUUCAACAACCGCAACAGCAGCAGCGGCAAGAGCGGAAGGGCAGUGCGGCCAUGCCUAAGGGUGCCUUCCUACCCACCGUGGGCCAGCACGGCAGCAUGGCGGCGGAGGCGGAGGAAGACGGCGAGGAGGUGCAUGGGCCGCCGCAGCGGAGCGGCACGGGUGUUCCCGUGGCGAGUGCCGCUUGCGGCCGACCGCCACACCUACCCGCUGGGUACUACGGCGCUGCCAUGCCGCCACCGUCGUACGAUUAUCCUGCAGGCUACCACCACUAUGCUCCGCAGGCAGGCCCGUACGGCAUGCGAAUGUCGUACGGCAUGCAGCCUGCUGGGCCGCCACCUGCGCAGGCAGGUUGUCGCAGCACGGCAGGUGCCUACGUGCCCAUGUACGGCGCGGCAGUACCAGGCAUGGUCUUGCCGGUCGCGACUGGGGUGUCGUACGGCAUGGGGGUAGCAUCGUGGCCUGAGUACGGCAUGGCGUCAACUUUGCCGCUGGGGGCGGCUGGGACUUCAGACGUGCUACCGCCGGCGAUACGUGACAGUUCCUCAGCGGGCGGUUCUGGCCCUGGUGGCGAACAUUAAGCCAUGGCUGUGGCUGCCAGUGCGGCGAUUUCGCGUGCUGCGCAUCCUUGGCUUGUUGCUACUGCUGCGAUUGGGGUAUUUAUGUAAGGUUGCAAGAUACAUAGGGUUGGUUAUUUAUAGCGCUUGGGUUUAUAGUUAGCGGAAAGGGUCCCUGUAAGCCGGCUUGAGAGCGGGUAUGUGCUCAUUGUUGAAGUUAUUGAUAUCGCUGGGAAUUUUAGGCAUUGUGUAAAUAAGAGCUCGAUGCUGUUCGGUAUAUUAGGAUCUGUAUAAAGAUAUCUAGUUCAAUAUGUUAGGCUGCAAUGCUUCUUAGGUACUUGAUUCAUGUCGUCCUGCAAGUUCGGAUAGGCGGCGGUAGCCGCUCUUCAUGGGCUGUUUAAAUUUACCCGGGGUUCAGCUGAGGAAGCUGUGUUAUGACCCGGUUAAAGACAUCUAGCAAGCUGGAUCUGAUUAUUCCUACCUUGAUACCGUAUUGUUUCAAGACUCUCUUUGUUUCUGACUUCGUCAUCUUCCAUCACUCUUGUGAUAUGUUAUCUCGCGUUCUGUUGAGAGCUGACGCUGAAGGGGAGGAAUGUCGGCAGUAGGUGUGGACCACAAGGGCAUAAGCAGUGAUCUCUUUUAUGUUAACAACCUGCCCGCCUUUGUCUUUGCUAGUACUUCAUCUUUGCCUUUUUAUCUUAUGCUUAGGUACGUGGCUGCCUGCUGGCAAGUGUGUCACAGAGCUGUUCACGGGGCAGCAUGAUCCAUCAGGAUGGCGCCGUACGGCAUCAGGAUGGCGCCGUACGGCAGUAAACGGCGGGCAGAGCAUGAAUGGGCGUACGUAGCUAGCAUGUUGUACUAUGAAUGUAAAGCCACCCAAUGUAAGCCAGGACCUGCUG